GCCAACCUGUGGGACUCCGCCGUGAAACUGAGGGAGGGAGAUUACAAGAACUUACAUCUCUGCUCUCACGCUCACUGAGCACCUUCCUUGUUUGACAGCAACCGAGAUGGCAUCCCCCUUCCGUUCCGACAUAUUGAAAGGGAAGGUGGCUUUGAUUACUGGCGGCGGCUCUGGAAUCGGCUACGAGAUCGCCGCCCAAUUUGGUCAACAUGGAGCUUCCAUUGCCAUCAUGGGUCGAAGGAAGCAAGUCCUCGAUUCCGCCGUCUCCGCUCUUCGAUCUCUUGGAAUUUCAGCAUUUGGAUUUGAAGGUGAUGUUCGUAAACAAGAAGACGCAAGUAGAGUAGUGGAGUCUACUGUCAACAAUCUUGGUAGUCUGGACAUUCUUGUGAAUGCAGCAGCUGGGAACUUUCUGGUAUCAGCCGAAGAUUUGUCUCCCAAUGGAUUUCGAACAGUUAUGGAUAUUGAUUCAGUUGGCACAUUCACAAUGUGCCAUGAAUCACUUAAAUAUCUCAAGAAAGGAGGACCUGGAAGGAAUUCACUUACCGGUGGAACAAUUAUUAAUAUUAGUGCUACUUUGCAUUACACAGCUGUCUGGUAUCAAAUUCAUGUAUCUGCAGCCAAGGCAGCUGUAGAUGCUAUUACAAGAAACUUAGCUCUGGAAUGGGGCGCUGAUUAUGAUAUUAGGGUCAACGGCAUUGCACCAGGACCCAUCCAGGGUACUCCUGGUUUGAGUAAACUCGCACCUGAAGAGAUAAGCAGCAAGGUAAGAGCAGAUAUGCCUUUGUACAGAGUAGGAGAAAAAUGGGAUAUUGCUAUGGCUGCUCUCUACCUUGCCUCGGAUGCAGGUAAAUACGUGAAUGGAACAACUAUCAUUGCCGAUGGAGGGAUGUGGUUGAGCAUGCCUCGUCGCCUGCCCAAGGAAGCUGUUAAGCAGUUGUCGCGAGUGGUGGAAAAGAGGUCCAGAAAUUCACCUGUUGGUGUUCCAAAGAGUAAGCUGUGAUGGCGAACCUCACCAAUAAAUUAAGUUAAUCUUUAUAUACAGUACUUGUAUGCCUUUGCUAGACAUUAUUCAAGGAAUUCAAAUUUCUGUGCACCAUAAACUUGAUUGUAACUGGUAGUGAGAAUUUUGAUUCCACACAUUUGUGACGCUUGGACACUUAUGAUAGUGAGAACAGGUCAUUUAGAUUGCAAGAAUAAAUGAACUGUUUAUCUU